UAGAGAGCCAUCAUAUUUCGUUUGAUUGUGUUACUGUGAGUUUUAUCAUUGUUCGUAAUGGCUCCUCCAAAAAGUACUGGUAAAGCUGUGAAAAAAGCCGGUAAGGCUCAAAAGAACAUCAAGAAAGACGACAGCAAGAAAAGACACAAGAAGAGGAAAGAAUCCUACGCUGUGUAUAUUUACAAAGUAUUGAAGCAAGUCCAUCCUGAUACCGGUGUUAGCUCGAAAGCGAUGAGUAUCAUGAACAGUUUUGUGAAUGAUAUUUUUGAACGUAUUGCCGCCGAAGCCAGCCGUUUAACUCAAUACAACAAGAGAUCGACUAUUACUAGUCGGGAAGUUCAAACCGCCGUUCGUCUUUUGUUGCCUGGUGAAUUAGCCAAACACGCUGUUUCCGAAGGCACCAAAGCUGUAACCAAAUACACCAGCUCGAAAUAAGCGUAUUUCUUCGAUAUUCAAAACGGCCCUUUUCAGGGCCAACAAUAA